GGCCGGUGGCCGCUUUCAUUCUUCUCUCUGGUAAUAGUAUAUAUAUGCUGUUAUAAUCGAUAUGUUUUUAAAUGGUACGAAAGGGAGGAAGCACUGUUCGAAUAGUACGGGCAGCUAAUAUAUCCAUUGUCAUCACAUUGCUGUUUUGCAAUGUCUAAUACACUCACGCCCUUCGUAUAUUGGGCUCAGACAGAGAGUCAAGUCACAUUAAAAGUAGAUUUGACUGAUGUAAAGGAUCUUAAUGUUGACAUACAGAAUAAUCUGCUGAAAGUUACAGCUUAUGGACAAGGAGCUAGGGGUUGGAAUAACUACAGUUUCAGCCUGAAUCUUCAUUCACCUAUCAAUCCAAAUGAGAGUAAUUAUAAAGUAAUCGAUCGUCAAGUUGAUUUCAUGUUAAAAAAGAAGUCCAAUGGUUGGUGGCCAAGAUUAAUAAGUUACCCACAGAAGCCUUCGUGGCUUAAGAUUGAUUUUGAUAAAUGGAAGAAUGAAGACAUGGAUGAUAAUGAGGACGAAAAACGAGAUAUUUGUUACGACUAUCCUGACACAUUUGAAAAAUUACUCACAGAAGAAUUUGGAUAUAAAAAAGAAGAAUAUGCAAAAGCAUAUCUAGUCAUAUAUAAUAUCUUCCAAUUUGUUGGCUUUUUCUACGUGAUUGCUGUAAUGGGUAUACGAUUUUCACGGGAUGGCCCAGAUUCCAUGACUGACACAUAUAUGGUAGUUGGCAAUCUAUUCAAGUCUAUACAGCUUUUACAAUUUUUAGAGGUAAUGCAUCCUUUAUUUGGAUAUACAAAAAAUAGCUCACUUAUAUCUUUUAUGCAAAUUGGAGGCAGAAUAUUUAUAUUAUUUUGCAUGAUUGAUGCUGAGCCCCGUAUCCAGAAUAAACCCAUUAUUUUUUACCUAUUUCUUAUAUGGAGUAUGGUAGAAAUUGUCAGAUAUCCAUAUUACAUUACACAGCUAUUAAAUAUUAAAGUAUCCUUCUUAACUUGGUUGAGAUAUACAUUAUGGAUUCCACUGUACCCAUUGGGUUUCUUAUGUGAAGGUAUUAUAAUAUUUCGGAACAUUCCAUACUUUGAAGAGACUAAAAAAUUCAGCAUCUUUUUACCAAAUGCUUAUAACUUUACUUUUUACUUACCAUCUUUUCUGAGAAUUUAUUUACUCCUAUUUUUCUUACCUAGUUUAUACACGGUAAUGAGUCAUAUGUUACAAAUGCGCAGUAGCAAACUUAGAAAUUCUAACAUUAAAAGGGCAUAUACAUAAGUACAUCGUGGUUAGUUUUAAACUAUAUAAUUGUAAUAUUGGUGAUGUU